UAUUUAAAAACAAGAAUUAUUUCUGUAGCAAGCAUUUUUAGUUCAGGCAUAUUAUUUCAAAGGACUUUAAUUUUAGAUUGUUUUGUAUGAGUUAACCGUUGCUGCUAGUUGCGCGAUGGCGGAAAAGCAAUCUGGUUUAAAACCUCCGUCGAGAAUAGGAAAGCCUGGUGCAAUAUUAAUGGGAACAAAAAGUAUUCCCGCACAAAAGGCACCUUCAUCUACAAAUAGUAACUCCAAUGCUGCAUCGAACUUUAUUAUAGGUGACAAAGUAAUACUGAGUGGGUCAAAAGUUGGUCGCAUUCAGUUCUUGGGUGAGACAGAAUUUGCUCCUGGUCAAUGGGCAGGUAUUGUAUUAGAAGAUGCAGUGGGAAAGAAUAAUGGAUCCGUGGCUGGUGUGCAAUAUUUUCAGUGUGAACCUAUGCAUGGUGUGUUUGCAAGACCAAGUAAACUGGUUCGAGCUAACAAUGAAACUGCUGGAAACACCACAGGCAAAUCCACAGUUACUACAGUAAAACCACCAUCUACAUUAUCCAAACCAAAAUCAGCCACUGCUGUCAAAACUGCUCCUCUUACAAUAGCUAACCUCAAAGCAUCAACCGGUGAAACUCCUACUCAUGAAAGAAAGAAAAAAGGUAUAAGAAGUCCAGCAUCAAGUAUUCGAAGCUUAAAGUUUGGAGGUUUAGGUGAUGCUUCUAGUGUUCGUUAUAAUGAAGAUAUUAAAGUAGGAGACAGAGUUAAUGUUGGUGACGCAAAAGUUGGAACGGUUCGUUUUGUUGGUGAGACUGAGUUUGCGAAGGGUUGUUGGGUUGGGAUUGAACUUGAUUCAGCGCAAGGGAAGAAUGAUGGAUCUGUUGCUGGAAACAGGUAUUUUACCUGUGAGGCAAACUUUGGGCUUUUUGCAUUACGCCAUAAAGUUAAAAAAGUGACUGGAACUGUGGCAAAGAAAACAGCACAGAGUGCCGUAAAGAAGAGGCCGACAGUUAAAUCACCUGGCAGUUCAGCUUCGUCUGUUAGCAGCGUAACUUCAAUACCAAGUCUACGCAGACCAUCCAAGUUGCAGUCGGAAGUAUCGUCACGAUACAAACAGAAGACGGCAGCUACUGGUGUGCAAGCUCUGCAAGAAGCUUUGGUUGAGAAACAGCAACAUGUUGAGUCCCUGAUAGCUGAGAGAGACCAGGAGAAAAGUGAACUUAUGGAAGUCAAUUUAACCGCUGCGAUGAAACAAGAUCAACUUAAUAAACUACAAGAAGCGCAUGAUCAGUUUGUGAAAGAGAAAGAAUCUCAACUUGACCAACUCCGGAGGUUGGUGGAAGAGGCGGACCUCGAGAAGGUCAAGUUAGCUCAGGAUCUUGACGAGGAGAGAAGGAAAGCGGAGGAUUAUCAAUUCCAACUGGAGGAAGGACAGAUUAUCAAAGAUGAUAUGGAGGCCGAGUUGUCAAAACUUCGAUCAUCUGUCACCGAGCUUAACUCUGGACUUCACAUUGAACGAAGCAAGUCACUUAGCUUACAAACAAGCUUAGAGGAUACUAGGGCGUUAACUGUUGAUGAUAAAUCUGAGUUGAAUCAACUCCGCAUUGAAAGAGAUGAAGCGCAACAACAAAUUAAUCAACUAAAUCAACAAGUUGAAUCCCUAACUGAGCAAGUUAACAACUCCCCAGUGUUUGAACUUGAGGAACAAUUACUUGAAUCAAAGUCAUCAUUGGAAGAAACAGAAGCUACAAUUGCCCAGAUGAAGAUAAAUGUUGAAACAGCUGAACAAGAAAAUAUUAAACUUAAAAAUUUAAUUGAGGAUUCAUUGCAGAAACACAGCGAGGAAACUUUCGAAUUAAAGAAUCAGUUGAAAAUUCUUGCGGAAAAACGUAACGAACAGUUUACUGCUGUAGAUGCAGUGGCAGAAAAAGAAAGACAAAUCUCAUCAUUGGAGCAAGAUCUUCUGAAUGCCAACCAAUCUUUGGAAAGUAUAAAAGAGGAAAAGAAGAAAACGGAAGAAGAGGUUGAGAGGAUGAUGUUGGAGAUGAAGUCUCUCAAUGAGGAUCGAGAGAAGUUGGAGCAAAGUUGUAAAGAGGAGAUAAAGCAGAAGAUCAACCUCCAGGAAGAGGUUGAGAGGUUCAAAGAGUCCUUGGAUGCAAAAGAUGCGGAGUUUGGGAAGAUCAAGAUCAGUUUAGACGAGAGGUUGAAGAUGAUUGAAGAGAAAGAUCAACUUUGUUCGCAACUUAAUCAAAAGUUGGAUGUUGCUACAAGUUGUCAACAACAGCUUCAAACACAACUUAAUUCUUGUAACGAAACAUGGCAACAAAAGUUCAAUGAAUCAAAUGAAAAAGUUCAAAAUCUGGAAGCUACUCAUGAAACUGCUAUGCAAGAGGUGGAGACAAUGAAGUCAAAGAAUGAAUUGUUGACGAAACAAAACGUCGAUUUGCAACAAAACCUGGAUGUUAUGAGUAAACAAACGGGAGACAAAGACCAGACUUAUAAUCAACAAUUACAAUCAGCAAGAGAAACUAUAGAACAAACAACAAACGAUCUCAUUCUAGCCAGACAGAAAUUGGAACAAGUCGAAAAAACAAACCAAAAAUUAAAUGAGGCUUUGGAAACUCAACUAAAAACACUUCAAACUGAAGAAGAAUUGAGGAAAGAAAAAGAAUCAAAUGUUGAUGAAUUGAACCAAUUGAUUUUAACUUUAAAAGAGGCUGCCAUGAAACAUGAAACUAUGCAAGCUGAGCUGAAUGAAAAAGUGGAAACAAAAUCAAAGGAAUUAAUAUUGCUGUCAACUAAAUAUGAAGAAUUAAACAUGCAAUACAAUGUAGCUGCUGAAGAGGGAGGAAACUUAAGAGAAAAAUAUCUCAGUCUUGAACAUAAAGAAACCCAGCUUGAAGCAGAAGUAAAUAAAUGUAGAACGGAUUUAGAUGAAGCAUCAAAGCAUACAGAGUCUUUGUUGCAGGAGCUAAAAUCCUGCAAGGAAAGAUCAAAAUCUUAUGUAGAGGCAGGGGACAACUUAGCGGGGGAAAUGGAUGAUUUGAAAUCUGAACACGAUAAGCUGCAGAAACUUCUAGAAGCUUCAAAUGCAAAAGUAUCUGAACAAGUUAAACAUAUAAAGGAGCUUGAAGGAAGGUGUUCUAUGUUGGGGGAAGAUUUAAAGAGUUCUGAAUCUGGCAAGGGGGAAGUUAUGGUGGAGUUGCAGAACUUGAAGUCACAGAAUGAUGAAAUAUUUAAAGAGCUUAAUGAAGCUAAAUUGUCAAUUGAAAAGUUGCGAUCGGAAAAUGUGGAAAAACAAGAAAAGAUGGAAAAAAUAGAGGCGGCAAAUGCUGAAGAUGUAGCAGAAAUGAAAAACAACUUUGAGAAACAUGUUCAAGACCUUAUGAACCAAGGUGAAGUUUCUUCACAAGAAUUAUUCACUUAUAAACAACAAACAGAAGAAGAGAGAAAGGCAAAAGAAAAACUAAAAUCUGAGCUUGAAAGUUUAAACGAAAGUUUAUGCUUGGCUAACCAAGAGAAAGAAGAUUUAUCCAUGCAAUUGGAGAAGACUGCAAGUGAUGUAGAGGCUCUUCAAUGCUCCUUGAAAGAGGAGAGAGGGAAUGUGGAAAAACUUGAGGAAAAGGUUGUGGAGGUUGAAUUGGUUUUGGGAGGAGAAAGAAAAAAGUUUGAAGAUGAUAAGUUGGGGAUGCAAGGAUCUAUUAAUGAUCUUAAGAAGAGUCUUGAGACUAAAAACUCUGAAUGCGAUAAUCUGCAAAUUAAGGUGAAAAAAACGGAAUCAGAAAAAACUGAGGUUCAAAAAUCAUUGGAAAAUCUGAAAACGGAUCUUAAAAAAGUUAAUUCUGAGUUUUCUGAAGUAAAAUCAAAGUUAGAAGAAGAAAAUAAAGAGUUGGAAUCAAAAAAUGCUGAACUUGUUAUUUCUGUGGCUGAUUUGAGUGAAAAAUCUCACCAAGUUUCAUCAGAGUUGGAUGAACUAAAAUCUAAACAUGAAACUUUACAACUGUCGGUUCAGCAACAAAAACAGAAAGAAACAGAAACUUUAUCUUUUGUUGAAAAACUUCUGACACAACUUGACAUUGAGAACAAUGAAUCAUGUGACUUACCUCAACAGUUUGAACUGAUGACUUCAAAGUGCAUUGGAUUGCAAGAUGAAUGCAAACAUCUUGAAGAGACGUAUCGGGUCUGUGAAAAUGAGAAGACCAAUGUGGAGAAACAGUGCACUGAGUUGAGUGGAAAUUUCUCUAACCUGGAAAUUGAGUUUGAGGGAAUCAAAACUGGGCUGUCUAAGGAGAGAGCUAGGGCAGAAGAAUUGGAUUCAAAAUGUCAAGAAUUGACAGAAAAAUGCGAAAAAGUAAAUUCUGAAAAGGUUGCUGUUACUGAGGAGCUUGAAGGCUCAAGGCGGAGCUUAAAAGAGAUGACAGCACAGUUGUCUGAACAGACAGCUAAGGCAAAGAAAUUGGAUUCAAAAUUUCAAGAGUUGACAGAAAAAUACGAAAAACAAAAUUCUGAAAACGUGGUUGUUACUGAAGAGCUUGAAAGCUCAAGGCGAAGCUUAAAAGAGAUGACAGCUGAGUUGGCUGAUCAGACAGCUAAGGCAAAGAAAUUGGAUUCAAAAUUUCAAGAGUUGACAGAAAAAUACGAAAAACAAAAUUCUGAAAAACUGGUUGUUACUGAAGAGCUUGAAAGCUCAAGGCGAAGCUUAAAAGAGAUGACAGCUGAGUUGGCUGAUGUGAAACUACAGAAAGAAUUGCUGUCAACCAAUGCUGAAGAUAUUGAUGCCAAAACUAUGCAAGUGAAAGCUAUGUAUGAUGAAGUGCUGCAACAGAAUGAUCAGUUGUCUGUUCAAUUACAAACUGUUGUUACUGAAAAAAAUCAAAUACAAAGCGAUCUGGAAACUCAAGUUAAAUCUUCAAAUGAUGAAAAACAACAAAGUGAACAAAAACUUGUUCAAGUUGAAGAAGAAUUAACGCAGUUGAAGUCUCAGCUUGAAUUGAAAUGUGAGGAAAAUUCAACUUUAGAUUCUCGCUGUUCAGAACUUACGAGCAAACUUGAAAAGUUGGAAACAGAAAAUAAAAACGAAAUUGAAAGUCGAGUUAAAGCUGUUGAAGAAGCUGAAAUUAAUAUCAGGAAAUUACAAGAAGAAAAAGAAGCAAUGCUUAUACAGUGCAAUGAUUUUGAAUCUGAAUUACAAAGUACGCGUAGCAAAUUAGAACUCACUGCCUCAGAAUACGAUAAUCUGCAAGUUGAGAUCAAAAAAACUGAAUCAGAAAAAACUGAAGUUAAAAAAUCAUUGGAAAAUCUAAAAACUGACCUUGAAAAAGUUAAUUCCCAGUUUUCUGAAGCGAAAUCGAUGUUAGAAGACGAAAAUAAAGAGUUGGAAUCAAAAAAUGCUGAACUUGUUUUUUCUGUGGCUGAUUUGAGUGAAAAAUCUCACCAAGUUUCAUCAGAGUUGGAUGAAUUGAAAUCUAAACAUGAAACUUUGGUUGCAAGUUAUGAUGAAAGUAAGAAGAACAAAGAUGAAGUUGAGAGGAAGUUGGAUCAAGUCAAUCAAGAUCAUCUUGCUGUUUUAAGUGAGAUGGAAAAGUUGAAAUUGGAAAAACAAAAUCUUGAAGCAAGUCUUUGCGAGAAAAAUCAACUUUUACAAUCGUCAAGUCAGGAACAAACACAGAAACUUGUUCAGGUUGAAGAAGAAUUGACGCAGUUGAAGUCUCAGCUUGAAUUGAAAUGUGAGGAAAAUUCAACUUUAGAUUCUCGCUGUUCAGAAUUCACAAGCAAACUUGAAAAGUUGGAGACAGAAAAUAAAAAGGAAAUUGAAAGUCGAGUGAAAGCUGUUGAAGAAGCUGAAAUUAAUAUCAGGAAAUUACAAGAAGAAAAAGAUGCAAUCGUUAAACAGUGCAAUGAUUUUGAAUCUGAAUUACAAAGUACGCGUAGCAAAUUAGAACUCACUGCCUCAGAAUGCGAUAAUCUGCAAGUUGAGAUCAAAAAAACUGAAUCAGAAAAAACUGAAGUUGAAAACUCAUUGGAAAAUCUAAAAACUGAUCUUGAAAAAGUUAAUUCUGAGUUUUCUGAAGCGAAAUUGAAGUUAGAAGAAGAAAAUGCUGAACUUGUUAUUUCUGUGGCUGAUUUGAGUGAAAAAUCUCACCAAGUUUCAUCAGAGUUGGAUGAAUUGAAAUCUAAACAUGAAACUUUGGUUGCAAGUCAUGAUGAAAGUAAGAAGAACAAAGAUGAAGUUGAGAGGAAGUUGGAUCAAGUCAAUCAAGAUCAUCUUGCUGUUUUAAGUGAGAUGGAAAAGUUGAAAUUGGAAAAACAAAAUCUCGAAGCAAGUCUUUGUGAGAAAAAUCAACUUUUACAAUCAUCCAACCAAAAAGUAUCAGAGGAUGCAUCAGAAAUACAGAAAACCUUGCUUCAAUGUCAAACUGAGAAUAAUACUUUAAGUGAAAGAAUCAUGAACGUCGAAAACGAAAAUAAAAACUUUAAAACUGAAGAGGAAACAUUGCAAGCAAAGGUCAAGAAGUUAGAAGCAAGUUUAAGUCUGAGUGUUACAGCAGAAGAAGAAAGAGAAAAAGUCUUGAAACGAGAAUUUGCGUCUGAACGUGAUUCGCUUCAGCGGUCGCUUGACAUCACCACUAAACUUAUCGAGGAAAGAACGAAAGAAGCAGAAAGUUACAUUAAAGAGAUUACUCGCUUAAAAUCUGAACAAGUUCUUGUAAAGACGUUGCAAGACCAAGUUACAAAGUUGGAGCAGCAGAAAGUUGAAUUGAAUGUUCAAGUUACAACAUUACAACAAAGUAACCAUAGCAACCAACUUUCGAAUAACCACCAAGCUGAUAAUGGGGCAGGUGGUGAUGCUGGGCAGGUUGACUUUCUCAACAAAGUGAUCAUUGAUCAGCAACAGAAGAUAAAGAUGCUCACUGAUAAGAUUGAAGAGUUAGAAGGAAUGAUGUUGGAUGAUGGAGCUGGGGGGGAGGAAGCAGAAUAUAAUGGCGAAUCACGAAAACUUGCCCCUCGAUUAUUUUGCGAUAUUUGCGAUGUAUUUGACGCUCACGAUACGGAGGAUUGCCCGACGCAGAGCAUGAUGGAGCCAGAUCCUGCAGGGGCGUCUCAACAUUAUGAAAGGGGGGAGGGAAGAGCUUACUGUGAGGACUGCGAAGUAUUUGGGCAUUGGACAGACGAUUGUGAAGAGCAGCAGAUUUUCUGAAGAUCCUGUCAUAACCUGGGAGUUCCAUUUCUGUUUCUUCAUAUUUUUAUUGUGGCUUUCAUGCACUACCCUGCUUUCUUUAGCUGACUCUUUUCUUAAAGAGUAAAUUGUGUUCCUUUACUGCAGGUACUAUAGUUCAUUGUAAGUUUUUCAGAUAAUUUCUAAUAUACUAUUUGUUCUGCCUCUAAAAUAUUGAAAACUUGACUUUUUCACCAUUUGUUUCAAAACACACUCAAACUAAUUACGUCACUGUUUGUUUAGCAACUUGAUUUUUAAAACAUUUUUUAAAUUUAGAUAGAAAAGCCAUAAAGUGUAGGGCAACAACGUGUUAAUAUAUUUUACAUAUACCUUGUUUUGUCUUAUUUCACAGCAAAUAAAUGACUAGUUGGUGGAA